UGAUUGCGAUAAGGUCGGCACUUUGGUCCAUUGAAAGACAGUUGAUAGAGUCGCUUGAAGAUGUUAAAUAACGGUCUGAUGUUUCGCCUUUACUGGGUCGUUUCGGUGGUAUUUUCAUCUGUGUGGGGCAAAGGUGUUGUUCUGAUUAUAGGGGGUGACGCCGGUCUACAGAUAGGCGCCUACAACAACACUGACGCAAGGACGCCAAACUUAGACUCGCUAGCUAACAAUGGCGUCAUCUUCACCAAGGCGUAUACAAGCUCUGUUAGUGGAGGGUCACCUAGCAGAGCCUCACUGCUAACCGGUCUGCCGGCUCAUCAAAAUGGGAUGUUCGGCUCUCACGGCAGCCCUUCCUCCUUCCGGUCCUACGAUGACGUCAUCAGUGUGUCCGCACACCUGUCAGCAGAGGGCGUUAAAACAGGUAUUAUCGGGAUCAGUGGUGUCGGUCCCAGCAAUGUUUACAAGUUUGACGUGAGCGAGACCGAGGCCAACAACGACGAGGUUUUGAUUGGUCGAAACAUCACGAGGAUCAACGAGCUAGUCCAAUCGUUUCUUGCCCAGUAUCGUACCGAAAACUUCUUCUUGGUCAUCUCCCUGGCCGACGUCCAGCGAUGCAGCAACCUCAGCUACGGCCAGUUCUGCGAGAAGUGGGGGGACGGCAAGUCUGGGUUCGGAUCCAUCCCCGACUGGAGGCCGCAGACGUUCAACUCGACCAACCGGAAGUUGCCGUACUUCAUCCCUGGCCUGGACGAUGCCGAGCAGGACUUGGCCGAUAUGUACCGUGGCCUUGACCGACUUGACCAAGGGGUCGGGCUUUACGUCAACUCAUUGGUCAGUGCCGGUCUGCUAGCCAGGACACUGGUCAUCUACACCUCCACGGGGGGCGUGGCAUUUCCUGGCGCCAAGUACAACGCCUUUGAAAGUGGCGCGGCAAUACCGCUUAUAGUCAGCUCCGGCGGGUACAGCUUUGGUAAGGUCUCUGACGCCCUUGUGACGUCACUGGACAUCUUCCCCACGGUCCUGGACUACUUCGGCCUCCCCCUCCCCCAGUACUCGAUAGCCGGACAACCUGUCACCUUCACCGGGCGGUCCCUGGUUCCAAUCCUGGUCAACCCGACCACGGCGGGGCACAGUGACGUGUUUGCCACACAGGAGUUCGUUCAGGUCCACGAAGACUUGACGCUGAGGUCAGUAAGGAACAACAGCUUCAAGCUAGUCUGGAACAAAUGGGACUCGUUCCCCAUCGUCUCGGAGAUCUACAGCUCGCCAACCUUCACGCGCCUGGUGAACAAGACGAAAGAUGGCGACAACACCCACUGGUGGAUCAGCCUGGACUCGUACCUGACACGGAAGGAAUACGAGCUCUACGAUUUCUCCUACGAUCCUUAUGAGGUCCUGAAUGUAGCGCAUGAGGCUCGGUACGCAGAUGUGCUGAGUGAGUUGAAAAACAAGCUAGAGGCGUGGCAGCGGCUGACCUUUGACCCCUGGAUCUGCCCCCGGGGUUUUGUCAACAUCGAGGGCAACUGUACAGCAUACAUGUAGACUAUAUAUAUAUAUAUAUAUAUAUAUAUAUAUAUAUAUAUAUAUAUCGGUUUAGCCAACAAUUAAUAAUAACAUCUUUGCAUUACCGAUCAAUCCAUCUUAUACACUGUAUGUUUUUUAUAUACUGAUCUAAAGCACAAUCUGUUUCAUAUGUUGGUGCUACUGUAUUUACAAAAUAUCGUUACUGCCGAUGUAGAAUCUAUAUUACGUAGAUCUAGAUCUACUUUUUUGGGGCAAAAUUUUCAAAGUACCAUGUUGUACGAGCAUCUCUAUUUUAGUUUAAAAUAAAAUUUUCUUUAUUUGUAUACAAUGAUUAGACU